AUUGUUUGUUCAAGUUUAGCUUUUCGAACAAAAUUUGCGCCUUGACGCACUAUCCAUGGUAUCAACGAUGGUAGCUUGUUUAAAUUUUCUUGUGAUCAUCAGUUCCCUUCGCAUCAAUCGUUUUUGUUUUAAUGAACGUGUAAAUUACUUCAAUCAUAAUUUUAGUAAUUGUCAGUUGCAGCUGCUCAAGAAUAUUUACGGUAUAGUUAAUCGCUAUUAUGUCUGAGCCAAACAAAGGCAAUGACAAUAAUACACAGAAGGUAUCUGAGUCUAAUGAGCAGCCAAAGAAAUACCCUUCUCAUAUCACGCAAAGACAUAAAUCUGAGAAAACCGAUGAACGUGUAUCAAAGAAUGAGAAUGAGAGUGCAACAGCAUUGAAAGAUUCUCCACAUGAAAUAGUAACACAAGUUGCACAAGAAUCAUCUCAGCCAGAAGUAGAUUUAUCGAACAUGGUAAACGUCACACGUGAUCCAGAUGAUCCAGUUGGUUCUCCAAAAAUAGGCAGCAAUUCUGAGAGUAAAAAAGAUGAAAAUACCCCUCUGGAACAUGUCCCUAAAAAUUUUGCCGAAAAUAAAAGAAGUUUAGGUCUGAUUGAGGUAGUUGAUAAAAAGGAAGGCAAAAAAAAAAUUAAUCGUAAUGACCUGACUGAGGAGGAACUAGAUGAAAUUUGUGCUGGAAGAGAUGGUAAGGGAAGGUUUACUAAAACAAGAACGCCAGGGUUGGAUCCAAGAUUCCAGCAAACAAAUCAGACAUUGAGAUGCUUCGUCAUGUAUACAGACUUCUAUCGAUGUGAAAAUAUCCUUGGUGAAGGAAAAGUAGCAUGUCAGUGGUUCAAAGAUGUUUUCACUUCGAUAUGCCCACUUGACUGGGUUCGCAAGUGGGACGAAGCUCGAGAAGCUGGCCGAAUGCCGUGGUCAAAAGGCAACAGUCAGGGAAACUUUCCUGGUCAUAGUUACGGAGAUUGAAACAUACUUGGUUAAUGUACUUAAGAUCAGUCGAGUAAAUUUUUUUUUAAAAGAGUACCAACGAAUAUAAAAUAUUUACUGAAA